UCUCUCAUGACAUAAGCGAGGCUUUGCCUCUGUUACACUCUCCUCUCACACACAAUAAAACUGUAUCUCUAUUCUCAAAUCUGUAUCUACAUCUUCAAUUUUUGGGGAAUUUCAAAUACAGAGAAGAGAAAUGGAUCGGAUCAAAGGCCCGUGGAGCCCCGAGGAGGACGAUCUGCUGCAGAGACUGGUGGAGAAGCACGGCGCCAGAAAUUGGUCGCUCAUCAGCAAAUCAAUCCCCGGCAGAUCGGGGAAAUCGUGCCGGCUGCGGUGGUGCAACCAGUUGUCGCCGCAGGUGGAGCACCGCGCCUUCACGGCGGAGGAGGACGACACCAUAAUCAAGGCGCACGCCAAAUUCGGGAACAAAUGGGCGACCAUAGCCCGAUUCCUCUCGGGUCGGACCGACAACGCCAUCAAAAACCACUGGAACUCGACGCUCAAGCGCAAGUGCUUCUCCAUGCCGGAGGAGCUCGCUGAAUUCGAUCCGGAGGCUCAACACCGCCACAAGCGAUCCGCCAGCUCCGGCCCGAUCUGCUCCGGAUUCUGCUUCAACCCGGGCAGCCCGUCCGGGUCGGACGAUUCGGGUCAUUCCACUCACCAUGUGUACCGGCCCGUGGCCCGACCCGCACAUAUCGUAACCUCUCUCAGUUUAUCCUUGCCCGGAACCGAUCCCGUACCCGAACCGGUGGCGGAUCCGGAUCCGAAUCCGGUUAGUCAGGUUCAAUCGGCGGUGGAGAAGCAGUUUUUCAGCGCGGAAUUUCUGGGGGUGAUGCAGGAGAUAGUGAGGAAGGAGGUGAGGAAUUACAUGGCGGGGAUGGAGAUGGGGCAGAAGGGGAUGUGUUUGCAGAGUGAUGCGGCGAUGGUUAAUGGCGUGAUUAAGCGGAUGGGGAUGAGCAAUGUUGAUUGAUUUGAAUCGGAAAGGAAAGGAGGGAAAAUGUUGUUAAUUUCGAUGUUUUUAGGUUUUGAAUAAUUUGGGGAUAAAUGUACAGACGAUGAGGAAGAAGAGAAAGAAAAUCAAAGAAAAAGAGUAGAGCCUUGAACGUGAUGGGCUUCUCAUGUUUUACUUA